GCCAAUUAGCCAUCAUAUAAAGAGCUAGCUGGCCUCCUGGAUGAAUGUGAGGUGUGUAAGGCAGAACAAAGAGGAGCCAGAGUUUGUUACAUACAUACAGCUUCUAUUGUAGUCCAACAGCUAGCUAUUAUUGUUGGCUAGCAUCACUUGGCUUGAUUUUUUAUCAAGAAGAGUACUGUAUAUCAACCGAGCAGUGAUAGAUGGGCCGUUAUGCUUGGGGUGAUUGUAAGCCUACGGCAACGAUGCUGGCUGUUGUUGUUGUCUUUGCCGUGCUUAACACACUGACAAAGAUGGCUUUCAACCAAGGGAUGCACACCACUGUACUCAUCACACUUCGCCAGUUCACUGCCUUCCUCUUCCUCGCCCCCAUCGCCUACUUCCGAGAAAGGAAGACAAGGCCUAAGCUGACACUGGAGAUCUUUGUGUAUCUCUUCUUCAGUGCAGUUCUUGGUGCCUCACUUACCCAAUGGCUAUUCUUCGUGGGCCUACGGUACACCACAGCAACAUUUGCAUGUGCCUUCAUCAACAUGACUCCCAUGUUCACUUUCGUUGUGGCACUUCCUUUUGGGAUGGAGAAACUGGACCUGAAGACUGGAGCCGGCUUAGCAAAGGUGUUUGGCACGAUAGUAGGGUUCACAGGGGCAAUCAUCCUGGCACUCUACCAAGGCCCAUCACUGAUGACCAAAUCCUCAUCUGCCCCCCAACCAAUGGGUGCAGGCCAUGGUGCACAUAGAUGGGUCACCGGGUCUGUGGCCCUACUUGCUGGCGCAGCAUGUUGGUCCUUUUGGUUCAUCCUCCAGUCAAGGCUGGGGAAGAAGUACCCAGCACUCUACUCUGGAAAUGCCUUGAUGUUCUUGCUCAGCUUCCUUCAGAUGGCUGCUGUGGGGAUGGCUACAGAGAGGGACCUGUCAGUCUGGAUCCUCAGAACCAAGCUUCAGAUCAUCACGGUGCUCUUUGUGGGGAUAAUGGGAUCUGGAAUUGGUUUUCUGGCAAUGUCUUGGUGCAUCGAGCAAAGAGGACCAGUCUUCACGACUGCAUUCACACCUCUGAUACAACUUAUAGCAGGUGCUAUUAACAUCGUCGCUCUCCAUGAGCAGCUCCAUCUUGGAAGCGCGCUGGGCUCUGCUCUUGUAAUUGUUGGGUUAUACUUGGUCCUCUGGGCAAAGACCAAAGAGGCAUCAGAUGCUGCUCCAUCCAGCAGCAACGUUAACGUACUGAUGCCGAUGGUGGAAGAAAAAAACAAGCAAGCAACACAGGAAGCACAGGAUGUAUGAUAUGAUAUGAAAUAUAUGUUAAGCGCAUAACAGAAAUGAAAAAGGAUAGGAGGAACUGAAGUCUCAACGUACGUGUUGAUCCAAGAUCUAGGAAAAAAGGACAAGCUAGUAGUAGUGGUACUAUUUUAUUUGACUUCCCCGGCCCCGUCUCGAUCUGGAAACAAGCCAAUAAGGGUGAAGUCAAUUUCUGCAUGUUCACGAAAAGAGAUCGAGACAAGUCGAGAUUUUUAAUUUUUA